UGCAUCCUCCAUCACAACUCGCUCCAUAGGCUCCCAUGACGCCACGUCUCGUCGGCAACUACCUGAGCAUAAACCAACGGCCCGAGUACCAAGGAGAUCGAUGCGCAACGCAAGGGUCGAUCCAGUCCAGAGCUAGCUCCGUCCUACACCAAGGCCAAGUGGACGAUCGAUCCGGCCAGAGACACAUGUGGUGGCCGUCGUCGCUGCUCUACCCGCCGCCGCCGUCGGCCUUCGUCACGGCCAUGUCGGUGGUGUCGUUCGCGUCGCUGGCGUCCGCGGGCCUCUCGGAGCUCCGCGGCCAGCACAUGACCUACUCCAAGUUCUGGCACGUCGUGUCUGGACAGCAGCAGAACAAGGGGGGCACCGGCGGCGCGCAGCUGGCGGGCCGUCACGGGAUGCUGGUGGCCUACGCGCCGGCUCUGGUCGCCGCCGCCGCGUCCUUCGUCGUGCCGGGUGCCGUGGAAGGGCUGCGCGCGGAGCUCCUCGCCGCCGCGCUCGCCGUCCACUUCCUCAAGCGUGUCCUCGAGGUACUCUUCAUCCACCGGUACAGUGGAAACAUGCCACUCAACACCGCGCUCGCCAUCUCCUCCAGCUACCUGCUCAGCGCCAUCACCAUGAUCUACGCGCAGCACCUCGCCGUUGAACUCCCUGACCCUACAACCAACCUCCUCUACCCAGGCGUGCUCCUCUUUGCCGUUGGCAUCGCCGGCAACUUCUACCACCACUACCUCCUCUCGCAGCUCAGGAAGGGAGGUGACGACAAUAAAGGGUACAAGAUCCCCAAAGGCGGGCUCUUCGAGUUCGUCACCUGCCCGCACUACCUCUUCGAGAUCACCGGAUUCUUCGGGUUCGCGAUGAUCUCGCAGACGGUUUAUGCGCUCGCCAUGGCCUCCGGCACGGCAGCCUACCUCGUCGGCCGAAGCUUCGCCACCCGGAGAUGGUACGAAUCCAAGUUCGAGGAGUUCCCAGCGAGCAUCAAGGCUCUGGUGCCCUAUAUCUUGUAGUGAGCCAACUAAUUGGUUGACAGCCGGAUUGUCUAUUUACAAGCAGUCUCACGUUUAUCUAACCUCGGCGACCAUUCUAA